AUGGUCCAGAUGAGAAUAACGGCAGCCGAACCUGGUAAGGUCAAUUUUGAACUGCCCAUCGAAAAACACCAUACGAAUCGCCUGGGAAUAUUACAUGGUGCAACGCUGGCGACGAUGGUCGACACCAGCGGUUCACUUGCCUUGGCUUCCCGAGGUCUAUAUUCUACCGGAGUCUCGACGGAUUUGAACGUUACCUAUUUAAAUGCUGGCGGAAAGAUUGGUGACCUGAUUAGAGGGGAGGUGAUAUGUGACAAAUUUGGCAAAACCCUCGCAUACACUUCAGUCAAAUUCAUGAACAAGGACAACGAGAUCGUGGCCCGAGGAAGCCACACCAAGUUUGUGGCUUUUGCGUGGAAAGACGACAAGAACAUAACAGAUGAGCUGAAGCCUGAGGUGAACGAAUCUCAGGCCAGCGAAGCGACACGAACCAGUCUAACAUAA